CUUUUCUUCAAUGGCCGUCGCCCAUUUGUCCCCAUAUUUCUCCCGUCCCGCCUCGCUGCAUAGAUCAGAGCAUCUUUUAUGCCUAAUUUGGUGGUGCUGUACACUCCCUGAUCAAAAAGUCCGGCUUGGAAACUGAUCUUCGCCGUUACGAGCAGUGGAGAGAGAUGGCGGAUAGGGGUGAAGGGCACAGACGUUCCCGCAGUUCUUUGGCGCUGGCGAUUUUGCACCGAGACAAGUCGCGUGAACGGCGUGAGGGCAGUGUCACUGGCGACAUUGCCCAUUCAUCUGGCCCUACCAUCUCUUCUCCGAUCAACAGCUGCCCGUCCACUCCCCCCAGUAUACCGACGGCGCGAAGCUCCAGCCGCCGCAAAUCACGUCAGGAGCCAGACUUGCUACCUCUGAUUGCCGUUGAAACGUUUCAAGAACCGAUGAGCUCUCUUCGAGACGACGACAAUAUCGAAAAGCUUCCUUCUUUGUCACAUGGUGAAGGCAGCAGCAUGUCCCUGGACCAGUCGGUGCGUACUUUCCGCCUCUUCGAGAUCCUUCGGAGCGGCGAUCCCACUGCAAUAUCAAAAGCUAUAAAAGAGAACAAAGAGCCUCAGGGCAUGACUAGUUCUUCAAGUACCACUGUUCUCCACCUAGCUAUUCAGUGCGCGGAGCCACAGGUCGUGGAGUAUGUCUUAUCCACUGGUGAAGAGCUGGAUGUGAAUGCACAAGAUCGAGACGGUAACACUCCCCUUCACCUGGCCGCCCAACUGGGACGGGGCCCUGUGGUUCGUGAGCUACUGAAGUGGCCUUCGCUAAAUGACUCCCUUGUAAAUUACUCUGGUCAAACCGCGCUUGACGUUGCACGAACCCCCGAAAUUUUCCAGCAACUUCAACUAGCCCGGUCAUUAUUCAUAGAUGCUAAAACCCAGGAGAUUCGAGCACUGGCCUCUCAAGGCGAUUACGCGAAAUUAGAAAAAGUGCUGGAAGAGCCUCGUGUUGAGGGCGUCAUGGACGUCAAUAGCCUGGACCUAGUUACAGAUCCUGCUACGGUCCACUCUGGGGGGACUUUACUACAUGAAGGGGCUAGGAAGAAAGAUACGAAGCUGAUACAAAUUCUUCUGAUGCAUGGUGCCGACCCAUUUCGCCGAGACAAAAAAGGGAAACUUCCACAAGAUGUCACCAAAGAUGAAAAGACACGCGCGAUCGUCAAGAAAUCUCCGGCAGCUGUCAUAGCUCAACGAGGUAUACAGGAAAAAGCCAUCUUAGGCACCAGCGCAACGACUUCGGGCGUCUCUGGUCGGGCGAGUGCAGCCGAAGCUCCUUUCGCCGGGAAAGAAGCUCGUGAAAUGAGAGGCUAUUUGAAAAAAUGGACGAAUUACACCAGCGGUUAUAAGCUACGUUGGUUUGUAUUGGAGGAUGGGGUUUUGAGUUACUAUAAACAUCAAGACGAUGCGGGCUCAGCUUGUCGAGGUGCCAUUAAUAUGAAGAUUGCCAGACUUAACAUGGAUCCUCAAGACAAGACUCGCUUUGAGAUCCAUGGCAAAUCAUCAGUCAAGUACCAUCUCAAAGCAAAUCAUGUCGUUGAGGCUAAGCGCUGGUUCUGGACUCUCAACAAUGCCAUUCAAUGGGCCAAGGACGAAGCGAAAGAGGAGGAAAAGCGCCAGACAAGGCAUGCUGAAGCGCUACGUCAAGCAAAAAUUGAACAGACCGAAGGCCGUUCGCCUGAGAGCAUAUUGGAUUCAUCAGGCUCCACUAUUCUCAACAAACCAAGCGGCAAAAACCUGGCACCGUCAUCCGUCGCAGUACCAAUUCCAAACGAUGGUGGCUCACGAGUUAGCAUGUAUGCAUCGCGUAUAACGCUAGAAAGUGCUCCCGGAGAUGAAGACGGCUCAAUGUACGGCUCGCUGGAUCAUACUGCCCCGCCCAAUGAGGUGCACCGUAUCACUAGUCAUGUAACGACUGCACCUGACGUUGACGGAGAUGAUGAUGAUGAUGAUGAUGAUGAGGAUGAGGAUGGAGGCUAUGCCUCAAGUCACAAUUUGCCAUUGGCUGAUAAAGAUGCUCUGAGUAUCACCGCACAGUCGACUAAAUUUCAGCUUGAGAUCCUUGCCAACCUCACGGCCUCACUACAGGCAGAGAAUUCGAAAGCGCCGAAUACACCUCUUUCAGAUCCGGCCAUCGAGCAAGCUCUGGUAGCUUGUGGAGCAGCCGUAAGUAGUUUACAGGGCUUGGUACAGAAUUUGCUGAAGAUCUCCCGGGAUCGCGAUGCUUAUUGGCAAUAUAGAGUCAGCAGAGAGGCGUAUCUACGCAACAUGUGGGAAGAAAGCAUGGCAAGGAUCGCACAGGAACACGAGGAGCUACAGUCGCGCAUGGGUGAAUCCGAGGAAAAACGGCGGCGCACUAAACGAGCGCUCAAGGAGGCUUUAGAGUCAGCAAAUGUCGGCCAUACUGCCGGCAGGCCUCCGUCUCAUGAGCAACCCAUUGAUGAUAAUUCAGAAACGGCAAAGGUCACGUUGGGUGACGGUCGUUCACGGCUCGUGAAGAAAGAGCCAGGGCGCUCUCUCAGCCGCAGACAGUCAACUCUUUCUCAGAUCAGUAACCUCUGCGACUCAGCGUCGGACGACGAGGACGAGUUUUUCGAUGCAAUCGAUUCAGGGGAGAUUGAGGUAGAGAAGCUAACCGUCGUACCCGCUGAUGAUGACGAGACAGAAUCUCUAGAAGAGAUUAGCAAGCUUCGAGCCAUUAAGCGAACGGAGAUUAUUCCCUCAUUCAAGGGAUACGAAUCGGGUAUUAGGGAACGGCUGAAAAUGGACUAUGAUAAUAGGCCAAAAAUCUCCCUAUGGGGUAUUUUGAAGUCAAUGAUCGGUAAGGACAUGACGAAGAUGACCCUCCCAGUCUCUUUCAAUGAGCCUACCUCCUUGCUUCAGCGCGUAGCUGAAGACCUGGAAUAUGCGGACCUACUGGAUAUCGCGGCGGACCGACCCAAUUCCAUGGAGCGAUUAUUAUACGUUGCUGCAUAUGCUGCGAGUGAGUACGCAUCGACCAUCGGCCGUGUCGCAAAGCCUUUCAACCCCCUUUUGGGUGAGACCUUUGAAUACGUCCGCCCGGACAAGGGGUAUCGAUUCUUUAUUGAGCAGGUCAGCCACCACCCGCCGAUAGGCGCUGCCUGGGCUGAGUCGACGAAGUGGGAUUAUUAUGGCGAGUCUGCCUUGAAAUCCAAAUUCUAUGGAAAAUCAUUCGACAUCAACUUGCUAGGGACGUGGUUUCUUCGGUUACGGCCGGCAUCCGGAGGAGAGGAGUUGUAUACCUGGAAGAAGGUCACCUCGUCUGUUAUCGGCAUCAUUACUGGAAAUCCGACUGUGGACAACUACGGGUUGAUGGAGAUCAAAAAUUGGACAACUGGCGAGAUUUGCUACCUGGAUUUUAAGCCCAGAGGGUGGAAGGCAUCCUCCGCCUACCAGGUAUCCGGGAAAGUUGUAGAUCAGGAUGGAACCCCGAGAUGGAGCAUUGGCGGCCGGUGGAACGACAAGAUAUAUGCGCGGCAUACUCCCGGCUUUGAAGCACCUGUGUCUGGUCAAGACCCCGAGUCAGCCAAGACGCUUCUGGUCUGGCAAUGUCAUGCGCGCCCAAGCGGAAUUCCAUUCAAUCUGACUCCGUUCGUUAUCACUCUCAACGCCCUGCCGGAGGGUCUGAAAGAGCACCUCCCUCCUACGGAUACACGGCUUCGACCUGACCAGCGUGCUAUGGAAGAAGGCGAAUAUGACCUGGCUGCCAGUGAGAAGCAUCGUGUGGAAGAAAAGCAACGAGCUAAGCGCAGAGAGCGCGAAGCCAACGGAGAAGAGUAUCAGCCCAAAUGGUUUACGCGAGCUCAAUGCCCUAUCACGGGAGAGCAAUACUGGGCACACAAUGCUUCUUGUUUCUUUACUACUUCUGUUGAUUUAGGCCUGUACCAACCAGCAAUGACUGGCGAGUACACUUGUGGUCGCUGCUUGCAGGUACUUUGCCGACGGGCUGUGGUACGCCUGCCACAUCACGCCUCUCGAGGAUAUGGCCCGUUCAAUCCUGCCUUUGUGCGGAGCUUAAGCUGUGCCAGAAAAGGCCCCUUUCUCCUCGAGAGCCUGCCUCAGACGCUUUCAAAACGGAUAGCCCUGUCUUUCCCAGCUGAGUCGCGGCAGCUAGGACCCAUUGUGCAGAAGGCCCUCUCCUCCACAUCAAACACUCGCACGGAUCCGCGCGUCCUAUUGAAACCAAAUAACCUUCUUCAUCCGUUCUCUCAGUCGCCAGCAGUCGCAAUCAGGCAGCGUGCAGCUUUUAUAAAACAAAAUGCCUUCUGCCCACAUCCAAGCCAUCAGCAGACCCGGCUACCUGUUUCUCCGCACGAUCCGGAGGCGCGCAAGAGCCACCAGACAACGAGUCUACCACCGGCACAUUCUCACUUUGAAUGCCCCGACUGCGGGGUACCGAUAUAUUGCUCAGAGGGACAUUGGAUGGAUGACUUCGAAGCACACUUAGAGGUCUGUGAGACCAUACGGCAGAUUAACGAGGAUGACCAUGAUCUGCAUUCUGGACGCCACUUCCCGGAGUUCACCUACCCAGGCCCACAAGAUGAUAACUUUGUUAUCAACAUGACUAAUUGGGACACCUUCCUCUAUACGCGAGAGUUUGAGGCGAUUAACGACGACCGGAGCAUGCGUCAAGUGACCCGGAUGCUCACCUAUCCGCUUACACUUGCAAGUGUCUUGCAUGAGUUAAGUCCCUAUAAUGUUCGCAAAGGGGGAAGACUUACCGUGGAGGGUCUCAAAAGUGUUACCGCGCUGCGAUACACUUUACAUCCUCCCAAGACCGGAGAGGGGGUUGAUAUCCGAGGACUACGCUUGAAGGCACCACCGGUGCGUAUUUUCAUUCUUGGGGCUCGGGCUGAGUCUUCCUUGCCACGAGAGGUUUGGUUGCAACUCAGCUAUAUCUUUCCGCGCUCCCUGAUACAUCUGAUUUUCAUUGGACCCGAAAGCAUGACGAAUCGCGACGCCGAAUUCCCGCUACCGGAGCGCACUCCUGGAAACCCAUUCGGAGGUGUUAUCGAGGACCGACUCGGGGGUCAAUUAAAAAUUACGACUUAUGUUGAUUACUUCCACACGAUGUACAAAGCGAACUACUUCCAGCCCUUCGAUCCUUACUUAGACUGCUUCAUGUUGUUCCAUCCUGGCCUUGGACAUCCCGCAAGCUCUCAUGAGUGGGAAGAGACGCUUCCGCAGUUACUGGAGACCAAAGUUCCCAUCAUCAGUACAGGUUAUACACAAUGGGACAUGGAACGGGAUAUUAAUUGGGUGCAUGACAAAUGUGCUGGUGAAUUUGAUACUCUGCUCGACCCUGGGGAGAACAUUUUCCGCAGCUUACGCUGGGAUCUCAAUGACCUGGAUCCUCAUGAUGUUUCAUGUGGCAACUGGGGUGUCUGGGCGUUCAGAGGAAAGAGAUAUGAGGCAACGUUCCGCAAAUCUUAGGGUUCUCCAUGGCUUGAUGCCACUGACCACAACCAUUCCAUUGCAACUGUACAUUACCAUCAAGACCAUCUAUGUGUUUGUGCAUCGCUCGCAUAGAUCCUUGAUCAGCCAAUAAAAGCUCCUGCCUCCUGCUACUAUAUCGUAAUUUCGUGAUGAUAAACAUCUUUGGUCUUGAGCAAACCUAUUGUGAUAAAUUACUUAAUGUCUUCCUAACCUUACAGCUGCAGUCUUCAGGUGAAAUG